ACACAGAGAGAGAGAGAGAGAGGAAAGAAGGAACGAAAACCUGCAAAAACCUCCGGCAAUGGCGUCUUCGAAGGUGGUCUCCAGGUUAUCCUCUCGGCUGCGCCUUCUCUCCUUCAAGCUCAACCAGUCCCCGCUCUCUCCCUCAGCUCCGCUCCCCUCCUCCGCCUCCGCCUCCGCUUCCGCUUCUUCCAGGCGCUUCUCUCGCGCCUUCUCGCGGUUGCCCUUGGAGUUGAGCGGCGGCGUCGAAUCCUUGAUGCCUCUCCACAGCGCCAUCGCCUCGGCGAGGCUCCAGUCGAGCUUGGCAAUGGAGUCCCAGAGCUGGGGAUUAGUGCCUCAAGGAAUUUCUAUGCCUUUAUGACAGUCUAUCAGAGCAGCGACUUUUUGAGGCAACCAUUUUUCUUGUUUAGGGAUGCAGAUGGCAUGUUGAGAUUUUUUCUUGAGUCUAGUUUAAACAGUUCAAACUAAUGAACGAUGCUGGUAACUUCUACAAAGAUCUGUCUCUCUUCCUCACCAUCAAUCAUCAUGCUCCUUUAAUUCCUAUGCAGAAAUGAUGCAUGAGGAUCUGGUUUGACUUUGAUAAGGAAUGAGCAUGACUUUUUGCAAACUGCCAAAUCAGUGUUGUAGAAUUUUGCCUUUCUUUUCCUUCCAUUAUGGGAAUAUCUUUCAUUUUCUAA